UUCUCCCUGUCGAAAAUAUUUUUAUAGUUAUUUUUCGCGCAAACUUUAUUAAUUCGUUAAAAGUCGAGAUUGUUAAGAUGUGUUUACACGUGGGCUUUCUAUAUUAAAGAUUGUUUUAUAUUUAGCAGUGACCAAAAAUGAGUUCAAAGUUUGCAACGCUGAACAAAAGGUUGCUAUCCAACCCACAUUUUGCUGAAGGAUUAGUUGUGAAGGGGUUUGGGCGUGGCAGCAAAGAACUUGGAAUACCCACAGCGAAUUAUCCAGAAGAAGUGGUUAACAAUUUACCAGAUGAUAUAGCCACUGGUGUUUAUUAUGGUUGGUCACGUGUUAAUAAUGGUGACAUUUUCAAAAUGGUGUUAAGUGUAGGCUGGAAUCCAUAUUAUAAAAACGAAAAGAAAUCCAUGGAAACUCAUAUUUUACACUCCUUCGCAGAUGAUUUUUACGGUUCAACGUUACGUAUCACAAUGACUGGUUACAUAAGACCAGAGGAGAAUUUCAACUCUCUUGAUGAACUUAUUAAAGCUAUUCAAAACGAUAUUAAAGUUGCUGACGAAGCUUUAGAAAAAGCUGAACAUAAAGAAUUAAAACAAAACUUAUUCCUCACCGCCGACAAAUAGCUGAUUUUGUGUUCAGCUAUAGACGAGUUGUGGUGUAACGUAUCGUUUUGAUUUCGCGCCAAAAACAAUACCGUGCGCGCAUGUCUACAGGGAGAAAGUUUUAAACAACUGACCGCAACAAUAAAAUAAUUCAAUUCUAAAAAAAACUUUAAAAAAGCUUUAAAAAAGGAAAAACAAUUAAGUUCUCUUAAGGGCUUGUAUUCCUGAAAAAAUUUUCUUUCUUUUUUUUGCUUAGCUUGAUGCGCGUGCAUAUACGUCACAUAUAACUUGUCUGUUACGUUCUGUUAUUCUCUUUAAAACAUAACAAAUAUUCUAAUCACUAGUUUAUAUGUACAACCUGAGAAUGUGAAUGGACCAAAAAAAUUGAUAAUUUUAAUAUAAUUUAUAAUUAAAGAUGUUUCUAUUAAUAUUUUAUGAUAUCAGUUUUAUUUUUUAUUAUUUUAUACUUUUAACUCGCCACAAUAAAAGAAAUUCUUGAUUUAGCGCCUCAUUGAUUUAGCGCCUCAUUGAUUUAGCGCCUCAUUGAUUAAGCAUGUUCAAUCUUUUAACAUUUCUCGAUCUCGAUAACUCUAAUAAAUAGUAGAGUGCCCCUCUCAAAUCUCGGAUGAACAUUUCUUAUGAUGAAAAAUAUUUAAUAAGCGCUCACCUCGAUUGAGCAUCCUUUUAAUCUUAUAUUUACAGUGAAUAGGUUAUGAUUUGAACAAGAAAUGUAAUUACGCUAUAUAUACUAAUAUAAAAUUUUUUUAGUUCAAAUUUACUGACAAAUGGUUUUGUUUCUCUUAACUUUUUGAUCUAAUAUAAGAUUCAAACUGCUAUUGCA